AUGUACUACUCCACCAGACCAACCAUAUAUGCCUUGUCCACCCAUCUUGCCAGAUCGGCCAUAGGCAUCAUCAGAAUAUCGGGGUCAAUGUCGAGCCACAUCUACACCAAACUCACCCAGAGCCAACCACCCAAGCCCAGGUUGGCAACCGUCAAGACGCUUCGCUCUUCCAAAGGAAAGGUGUUGGACGAAGCGUUGGUGCUCUACUUCAAAGGCCCUGCCUCCUACACAGGAGAAGACCUCUUGGAAUUGCACGUCCACGGAGGCGUGGCCAUCAUCCAGGCAGUGUUGAAGGCCAUCAAGGGGUUGCACGACCCCAGCCAGGGCAUUCAUAUCAGAUAUGCUGAAAAUGGAGAGUUUUCCCAGCGUGCAUUCAUAAACGGACGGUUUGACCUCACGGAAAUCGAAGGCAUUCGGGAAAUGAUCGAUGCUGAAACCGAGACCCAGAGAAUAGCAGCGUUGUCGUCGCUCUCGGGAGAUACCAAGCAAUUGUUCGCGGGAUGGAGAAAUCACAUCCUCAAUAACGUGGCGCUAUUGACUACAGUAAUAGAUUUCGGAGAAGAUCAUGACAUUGAAGAAGUCAACGAAUUAUUUCAAACAGUAAACGACAAUAUAAUACAAUUGGAAUCCCAGAUCAGCCAAUACCUCAACAAGGUCAGACGGUCGGAAGUGCUUCUCAAAGGAAUCAAGACCAUCCUUCUAGGCCCCCCCAACGCGGGCAAAUCUUCUAUUUUGAAUAUCCUUGCAAACAACGAAAGUGCCAUUGUAAGCGAAAUCGCAGGGACCACCAGGGAUAUCAUAGACGUCCCCAUAGAUAUCCAGGGAUACAAAGUGGUUAUCGGAGACACCGCAGGAAUAAGAACUACCACAAAAGAAGACCAAAUUGAAAUAGAAGGUAUCAAGAGGGCGAAACUCAAGUCAUUCGCCAGUGAUCUCGUGAUAAUAGUGCUUCCUGUCAACGAUGACAAAAUGGUGGACUAUAACGAUCUUUUUGAACAUAUUUCAACCCUCAAACUGGAGAAUAAGGAAAUCUUGGUCAUUUUGAAUAAGAUGGAUUUGAUUGACGUGGAUAAAAAGUCCAAGCAACAACUUCUCGACAAGUUUUCCAAGAGAUUGGAGAUCGACCAAUCCAAAUUCCAUUUAAUCUCAUGUAUAAAUGGAUCUGGAAUGGAGUCUUUAACCAAUUCGAUGGUUCACAGCUUCAAAACCAUCUCAUUAUCAGAAUCAACAGAUCCCAUCAUUGUGUCUUCCAGAAUACAGGAUUUAUUGGAAAAUGAUGUUUUGCAGGGAUUCCAGCAAUUCUACCAUUGGAAAGAUCAAGAUGAUGUGGUUUUGGCGUGUGAAAGCUUGAAACAGUCCAUCGAAGGAAUAGGAAAAAUCACCGGUGAAGCUGUUGGAGUGGAGGAGAUUUUGGGGGUUGUGUUCUCCAGUUUUUGUAUUGGGAAAUAG